AUGGUGCUAAGUUGGUUCCUCCUGUUAUCUGUCAUCUUGGUACACGGGGCUGAGGGCAAGCCCCUUGCAGUCAAAACAGAGCAACAGGCCUACAACAAGCUGUUAGUGAUCUCCUUUGAUGGCUUUCGAUGGAACUACGAUCAGGAUGUGGAGACGCCAAACCUGGACUAUUUGGUGCAGAACGGGGUAAAGGCAAAAUACAUCAUCCCACCAAUGAUCACUAUGACCUCCCCUUCACACUUCACCACAAUCACAGGCAGAUGGGUUGAAGACCACGGUGUUGUCCACAACAUGAUGUUUAACCCUGACACCCUGAUGAAACUGACCCACAAGGCCACUCAGAAUAGAUCAGAGUGGUGGGACAAUGGGGUCAAGCCAUUGUGGAUUACUGCCCAAGACCAGGGCCUGAGAACCGGCUCGUUCCACUAUCCUGGAGGGGGUGCCAACUACAGCGGCCAGUCAGUCUACCGGUCUUUGGUGGAGUCACUGUCUCACCCCGAUUCCAACGAGACAGAGUGGCGGGAGAACAUCGAGAUCGUCAUGAACUGGUUCACCAAGGAGAACUUUGACUUUGUGACGCUCUACUAUGGAGAGCCAGACAAUGUCGGGCACAAAUCAGGUCCAGAGACUGAAGAAAGACGCGCCAUUAUCAGCCAGAUUGACCGCACCAUUGGUUUCCUGCUGGAGGCCAUCGAGCGCCACAAUCUGAAAGACCGUCUCAACGUUAUCAUCACCUCUGACCACGGCAUGACCACAAUCAAGAAGGCCCCGCAAGUGGAGGAGAUCAAGCUGUCUAACUAUGUCGCUUUACGAAACUUUGUCAGUUUUGACCUGCUGGACUACGGUGGCUUUGGGAUGAUGAUGCCCAAACCAGGGAAAGAGGAGGAGCUUUACCUGGCGCUGAAGAAUGCUCACCCCCACCUGAAGAUCUAUAAGAAGGCAGAGCUUCCGGAGAGCUUCCAUUUGGCCAAUCAGGAGAGAAUCCUUCCACUUAUCGUCUUUGGGGAUCUGGGUUACAAUUUGAACUCGAGGAUAAUAUUUUACGUCAACAAAGGAGACCACGGUUUUAGUAACGAGGAGAUGGACAUGAAAACUAUUUUCCGAGCUUUUGGACCGGAUUUUAAGAAGAACUACCUAGCUGAGCCCUUUGACAGUAUCCACAUCUACCCACUGAUGUGCAAGCUGCUGGGUGUGCAGCCCGCCCCCCAUAACGGCUCCAUGACUUUCACCCAGGGCAUGCUGAUUCAGGAUUCAGGCCAGGAUUCAGGUAGCUUUCUCACUCACACUCUCAAGUGCCUGUCUUAG